GGUGAACAAACGCGGAGAAGCGCAUAAAUCUCUCAUCCAAACGGCGGAAGAUAAUGCCUUUCUACUUCCGUAACAUUCCUUGCGCCAGUUGCUUUCUUGGUAAUGAAACGUAAUCGCUGUAGGGCUUGUGCCCGGAUUUUAGCGGACUCAAGGUCGAUCGACUAAUUACCACUACUGUCGAUACAGAUCUAAUGAUCUAGUGGUACAGUACCCCACGUUUGGCAUUCAUCGUUACUUUUAGUAGUGCAGUUACAGUUGUAGUGAUGUGGGUGGUACAUACUCUGGAAAAAGAUAAAUGAAGUAGAUAUAAGUAUAGAUAGUACUAUCCGGUUGCUAGUACUAUUGUCGGUCGACUGGUGGUUACAACGUAAGGCUAUAAAUAAACGCAGUCGAUCUCCGUCUCACAUCUAGUCAACUAUGAAAACAAUCGCGCUGAUCAUAGUCGCGCUUUCAAUUGUUCUCGCGGUCGACGCCACCUUAGAAUCAUGCGACAGCAAGGUAUACUGCCAGGGGAUGCUGCUGGAUGUAGUGCAGCAAUCUCACAUUUUUCCGGAUUCCAAGUCGUUUGUGGACCUGAUCCAGAUCCAUUCCUCGGAAGUGACGUUGAGAAAUUUCGAGGAGUUAAUGAAACAAACCGGUGAUAAGCCGUCGAAUGAUGAAUUGAAGGAGUUCGUGGAGAAUAACUUCGUUGAUGAAGGGGAGUUGGAUGAUUGGACGCCGCCAGAUUUUAAGAGUAAUCCGUCUAUACUCAAGCAGAUAGACGAUGUAGCAGUUCGAGAAUUCGCCAGAUCCUUAAUCAAGAUAUGGCCAGUUCUGGGCAAGAAAAUGAAAGCAAGCGUCCUAGACAAACCUGAUCAACACUCGUUGAUCCCAGUGCCAAAUGGGUUCAUCGUACCAGGAGGUCGGUUCAAAGAAAUCUAUUACUGGGAUUCUUAUUGGAUCAUUGAGGGGUUGCUAAUCAGUGAAAUGGAAGAGACUGCAAAGGGGAUGUUGGAGAACUUCAUUUCGCUGGUGGAAAAAUACGGGUUCAUACCGAACGGAUGCAGAGUUUACUACUUGAACAGAUCUCAACCCCCGUUACUCUCGUUGAUGGUAGGGCUCUACAUAGAAGCAACAAGAGAUAUAGAAUGGUUAGGAAAAAAUGUAAAAACACUGGAGUCUGAACUGAACUGGUGGUUAAACAACAGGACAGUGACAGUAGAGAAAGACGGGGUGAAGUAUCAGUUAGCUCACUACGCAGUACAAAGUAAUACCCCCAGACCAGAGUCCUAUAGAGAAGACAUAAUGACAUGCAAGGAGCACCCUGAAAAGGUUAGUUCAUAUUUUCGUUUUUAUGCGCUAAAAAGCGGUGCAGAAAGCGGUUGGGAUUUCUCUACCCGUUGGAUAUUCGAUCCAUCAGGAAACUACCCACUCACCAAAAUUAACACGAUGCGCGUCAUCCCUGUAGACCUUAACGCAUUCCUGUUCAAGGCCUUCAGGCAUAUGUCAGUAUUCUACACACUCCUUGGGAAUCAGGAAAAGGCGAUCUUCUGGCUGGAAAAAUCCAACUCCUGGCAGAAGUCAAUCGAAAUGGUUCACUAUGAUAAGGCUGACGGUAUCUGGUACGAUUACGAUUUAGAGGGCAAAACACUUAUAAAACGAUUCUACCCUUCAAACUUCGCGCCCCUAUGGACAGAAUCCUACGAAGAGGAGCAAAGAGAUAUAAAAGGCGCUAUGGCGGCGAAGUACUUUACCAAUCAGGGUGUGAUGAACUACGAGGGAGGUGUCCCUAGCUCUUUGAUCAAAAGCGGAGAACAGUGGGAUUUGCCAAAUGCUUGGCCACCUCUACAAGACAUUCUGAUUACUGGGUUGGCUAAUACUGGAAACGAGCAUGCUAAGAAAAUUGCCGAGACGUUUGCAAAACGGUGGGUACGAGCCAACAUAAAGGGCUACACGGACACCCAAGAGAUGUUCGAGAAGUACGACGCGGAACAACCUGGCAAGUAUGGCGGCGGAGGAGAGUACAACGUACAGUCAGGAUUCGGAUGGACCAACGGAGUUGCAUUGCAGUUCAUUAAGAAGUAUUAUGCAGGUAAACAUCGGAGAUGAUCGCUAAAGGGAGUGCCUACUGUACUUUGUAAUAUAGGAGCAAUACCAGUGACCUCUUCAAUAAAUGUGUGUAAAUGUCGUUUGAUCCUUUCAUUCUACCUUAGUAAUGUUCAUUCUAAAGUCAAAAAACGCACAAAAACCUACAUCAUCCUGCAAUACCUCCUAAAAAUAUAGAUCUGUAAAGAAAAUUAGUUUUCAUCAUUACGCUCAAGUAACAAAAAAAAAACACAAAUCCAAAAGAUGUAGUUGACAAACAUGUAAGUUAAUCUUAUUAUUUCUACACCGAAGCAUGGAAAAUAUAGUCGGGGCGGGCGCACCCCGUACAUGUGAGCAGUACUCGAUGCUAGGACCUAUCUAGACCUUGUACAGAGUGACGAGGUUAUGUGGAGAAAAGUACUUUUUAGCUCUAAACAUAUAUCCUAGCUUUUUCCCAGCAGCUGCCGCCUUUGACGAGAUGUGCACGUGUCAGAAUCAAGUCCUAGGUGAUUUGAACUCCGACCAGCCGAAAAGAGUAGCUCUUUGGUAGAACACGGCUAUCCAUCGGAUGAGCCGGAUGAGAGCUGACGCUUCUUGUAUCUGUGUCUUGAAAGAAUUAAACUGUACAAGAUUGUUGCGUUUCCAACCAGUAAUAACCUUCAGGUCUUCCGUCAAAGAGAAAGUGGCUGCUAGUCUUCUUUUCUUCAGGUCACCGGCUGAGAUCGGCUUGUCGCAUUGAAUUCCUACAUAUAGGGAGUGCUGUCAUCAGCAAAGUUGUGGAUUGGAUUGAUCAUACAGGAAUGAAUGUCGUUGAUAUGUAAGAGGAACAAUGGAGCCACGACCGAUCCAAGGAUUUCAUUUGAAAGACAGUGUCGAAUGCACCAACAAAACUCAAACGAUUGGCAUCUACUAAGAUAGCCAAGCAGCUAUCAAGGCACCAGACUUGGAGAAUACAUGUAUAUCGUCCAAGCACGUUGCGGAUAUCAAGAAACUAAAAAGCCCAAAAAAAUCUUACUGUGGUUAUCAGGUCACAAAAGUUGACUUAAAAAAAGAGGUGGAUAAAAUAGGUCAGAAUUCUACUGUCAAUAAUCAAGAACUUUUGUUUAUCCAAACAAUCACAGCGUGGCACAGACGUACAGAGGUUUAUCAAAAGUGAUGAAAUAAAAAUGCCUAUUAAGUAGAUACAUCUAAUCAGUGUUGUGGAAAACUAUGGUGGAUUUAUAAAUAAGGCGCAGUAGAGAAACCCCACUCCACACUUGCCACUGUAAAUGCCGUGAUAGUUGCGGUGACAAACCCAUACACAGUUACUCAGUGCGAAGAAUACUACAAUAAGAGUUGCAGUGAUAGCAGACCUUUGUACCCGUCCUUCACUAUUCAUCAUUUUGUCUGUCUGGGCAGAUCGGAUCUUAGAGUCCUUGUCCAUCAGGAACUAUCUUGUGUACGCUAGUAGAAUCAGUAAUGGUUGCUCAGAAACUUGGAAAUGACAAGGAUUCCAAGCCAAUCCUUCAUUGUGAUCUAAUCAAACCCACCUCAAUGAAGCAAAAAACAUUGUCCUUCAUCCAAUAAGCCCAGUAUCAGAGCCCUCCUCAAAUAUUAGACACCAGUAAUCCGAAGCACUACGAGAUUACCGGCCUGGCGCAAGUUGAAAUGAUAAUUUCCCAUCUCUGAUAUGAUUACAGUGUGUUUCUGAAUUUUGAGCUUCCUAUAUUCAAAUACCACAAUUGAUGACAGCAGCAGAAGUCAUCGUGCGUCACUGCUUUGACGCUGUACCUUUUGAUUACAGCGACGUUUACCGACAUUUCACAAAGAAACGCCGCAUUUUCGAAGGCCUCCGCGUAAUAGCAGUGGCGUACGAUGAGUUUCGCUACUGUCAUCAAUUUUGGUAUUUUACCAGAGAUUUCUCGAUUUAAUAAUGGCCCAAAAGUAUUGGAAGUUGAGGACCAGUUUUUAGCGCUACAAAGAUAUAUUAAUGACAUUCAAAGAGCAUUAUUUGUGUGUUGAUGACUGUUAAUGUGUAACUAGGAAAUUUGAAAAUGGACAUAUAUGAAUGCGUGGAAAGUACUGGUUCAACCUAUUUGACAACAUUUUUUUUGGAUGUGUCCCAAGUCCCCGGAGAAAAAUUGGGUGAGUACGGGUAUCAGUAGAAGGGCUGCUAAAAAUACUCACGGUAUAUGAAUGCAAGCAAAAGUUAUGUUACGUACAUUGAUUAUAAUGAUUCAGUGCACUCUCACUUUGUUCUGCUGUUUAUACUUAUGCUUAUUGUUUGCGCUUAAGGGUUUGGCUCCAUUUAUAUUAGCUUGAUAUCUAAAGCACGUUUUUUGUUAGAAAUGCAUGAUACCAAAGAUAGUGAUUACUUUUCAAAUUAAUACAUAUGAACUGAAAUCAUAAUUAAAAAUUUUGUCAAGUAAAAAUCCGUCUCCCAUAUAGUAUUUGCUAAAAACUGUUGAAAGUCUAAACAAUGAUUUUUAAACAAUGAUUAUAAUACCAUACCAUACCAUUUAUUGACCACAUUAUGUAUAUGAUUGUAUAAAAGUAUACUAUAAUAUAUACAUAUAAUUGUACAUAGGUACAUGUGAGGUCUUACAAACUAAUUUACCAAUCCAAGUGACGUCAUAGCAUCAACGUACUCAACUCAUUUUUAUUUAUUAAUUACUCAUAUUCAGUUGGGAGUAUAGAGUCCUCGAGUAUUUAACAUUACAUAGUGUAUGGGUGUGUAUUUGAUAUUUAUUUAGAUUUCUGUGCACAUAACAUAUAGGACUUGAAAAAUAUAAAUUGAUUUAAGUAGUAUUUACUGGAAUUUUCGUCAUUUUUUGUGAAAUGAAAAUUUUGCUAGAUGCUACUGAGUUUCCCAAGGGCAUUGCGUCAUAUGUAAUGUGACUAUGGGACACGCUGGAGUACACUACCGUUAAAAAAAUAUACAAUUAUUUACCGUUUUCUCCAGUAAUGCAUACCCCAAUCGUGCAGUUUUACUACCUAGUGUUUUAAAAUCUGUGGUUAGAAUAAAAGGAUCAGCGUUCCGAAUAUUAUUUUUCUAACACAGCAUGAUGUGAACUGGUAGUGCUUAUCUAUAAAUGCUUUUGUGCGUUUGCAUAGGAUGUUUAGCGUCCAGCAAGUAGUGGAAGAACUACUGUCGCUUCAAUCACGCGCUUGUCAACCUCCAUGUUUCAUUGGCCCCCAAAUAAAACCACAGCUGCAAGAUGGAAAAAGUUACUGACUACUUUGAAAAAGGAAACCGAGGUGACGGAAACGUUAGUAAAUCUUUCGGUCCGGGAUAUCGUCGUCCAUAACACGAAGUGGCGUAUCUCGUUUUAUCCAAUUUUGCAGGAGAGCGUUUUAAAUAUUUUCACCAGCUUUGAGUUGUUGCUGACAAAAAGGUAUUAUUGCUACAUGAUCGAAUUUGUGGGUUUGUGGGUAUAUCUGCUCGUGUUUACAAAUGAUCAACGAUUAACCCAUUUUUCAUUUUAUGUGCUCAAAAUUUCCAAAAAAAGUAGAUAGGUCAUUUUGUGAAAUUGAAGGGUCGUAAUUCAUAGAAUAAGGACUUAGUUACGUCCUUGUUAUAUUUUAGUGAUGAAAAAUCAAAACACAUGAAAUUUAAAGAAGAAAUGCUUUAUUACAAGACAAAAUGGUUAUAAAAAGGGGAACAGUGAGUAUUAUGGUGAAAUAAGUACCCGCAGAAUCUAAAAAUAUACAACUGUAACUCCCUAGACAAGUUAAAUAUGACAGCACAAACAUAAGUCUCACUCAAAUAAUAAUGAUAUAAUAACAUGAACAAAAUAAUAAUUAGUAUUUCAUCUAUCACUCGUGGGGAAGAUUUAAAUCGGUAUAUCUCCCUCACACAGCGUUUUUUUCCCUUUUUUAACCUAAAAACGCUGUAAUCGUGAAAGGUGAAGUCAAAAAUAUAGAUUCGUCACAGUGCGUAUAGUGAUAAAAUUAAAACUACAAUUUUACGAACUGGCGUAACCUAGAUAAGCCAUACGCUGUAUGAUAAGUAAUAUAAAUGAUAUGUAUACAUAUUUUAUAAUUUCACAAAAUUGGCGUAACUUGAGUUAAGCUCCCUCGUGAAAUUUAAUUUCCUAUUAAAAUGAGAUAAGUCUAAUAUUAUUUUUCUAUAGCUCUAAAAGUAUUAGAAACUGAUUUAUGCCACUUCGUGAUAUUGAAGAGCAACCUUUUUUGAGCAAUAAAAUCGACUUAACUCAAUUUUCAUGUUUUCUGAGAUACGCCACUCCGUGUUAUUAGAUGUUACAAGGCUUGUCAUUUUAUAAUGCACAAAGAAAAACAUUCAUCAAUAAUGUAUAAACGUUUUUGCUCACUAUAUCGUAUCUUGCUAUCCAGUACGGCACGCAGAAGCGGAUCAACUACGUUCUAUAUUAGUAUACACGCAUACAAAACGCGUAUGAAGUUUUAGAAAAAAAAAUUGGGGUUGUAGAGAAUGCAAAUUUGUGAAGUUCCUUCAUUUUACGUUUCUAACCCCGGUAAUUCUACGCAUCUAUUAGACAUAUUUCACAUAUCAUAGAUUUUUUCGUACAUUUUCCCUUUGUCCGGCUGAUGGGUAUCUGUGAUGACGAGCGACGAUGUUAAUCAUAGCAAUGAUAAUGGAUAGAUAGAGAUUUUGGCAGUGAGCAGAUUUUAAUUGUAUAAGCUUGUGUUACUGACUUGAUCAAUUUAAUUAUUUGUUAUACAUGUUCGUAGCCAGCUUUUUUCUCAUAAGGGCCAACUUGUCCGGAACAUAAUGAGCCUAUGACAGCGUUGAGUGGGAAGUGACGCCAUUUUUUUAGUGUGCUGAAUUUUUCUGGCUUGCAGUGUUAAAUUUUGUUAUAUCUGUGAACGGAUGAAGCAAUAUUCCUUUUGUAUGGAAAAUAUAACAAUAAAAUACUAUUUUUAGGUUUAGGUACAAACAAUGCAAAUGCGAUAAAAAGAGCUGACGUUUACCUGGUAGGAUUUUUAUGUGUAUGUCUUCUAUUGCCUCGAACGAUGCAGGGUUGAGUAUACUCACAAUUUUCGAGAUAAAGGAUAUUUAUGUAUGUAUACGGAGUACCCUAGUACCUGUUGUUAUAGCGUUUUAAAAUAUACUUUAAUAGUUUUAAGUGUAGACUGGACACUGGAUGUACUCUUGUCGUGUUGCUUGAACAGCUUCAUAAAGAUAAUGGUCGUUACAGUAGAGAAGUUUAAACAUGAUUGUUUGACAGAAGUGCAUACCUACAAGCCCAAUUCAAACGUAGCCACUAAAAUGCCAAGUCAAGGACAAUUUGAUGAAGAUCUCGGAGCAUAAGGCAUAAGCUUUUGAUUUUUCUCCAUGAUUAGAUUUAGAGUAUACUUUUUGCCUAGCAAUGCCUACUGAAUUGCCAAAGCAGUACAUCGGCUUACACUCUUCCAAAAAUGCAUCAAACAGCAAUGGCGGAAUACCUGAUAUUGAAAAUUGAAGGGCACCUUGGUUGAACUUGACUCGAUUCUUCUAAAUAAAGCUAUGUUGUGUAGGAUCCGAACAGAUCCUUGGCGGAAGGCAAAUACCGAGUUGAUUAUUAUAAUGACGACUAAUAACAACUUGUUCGUCUUUACCGUACGUUCUGCGUCCAGGGGAAUCGGCCCAAAUGCCAAAAAAUCAAAUGAAGUUUCCAAAAAAAGCCUGAAUAUUAUUUAUUUAAUUUAUAUAUAGCAACAUUUGGCAGCACUCCAUUCCAAAAUAUCAGAACUUUGUUUUCAGUUUCAAUAAUUGUGGAAUUCGGUGGGAAGAACCUGUAUAAAUGCUUUGAUGUUUUGGCUUUCAAAUCAAUCAAAAAAUCAAUCAACGUACUUCAUUCUUAAGCAUGCCAAGAGUAUUAACGGGAUAGACAAUGUGAAGUUCUCUGAAUAUUGGAGUGCACUGGAAGCUGGUCAUAACUGGCCAGUGAACACAAUUUACUGCACACAUAUAGUAGAUAUUUUUAUGCAGAGAUCUUUAAAAUAUUGAAGACUAUUCCUUCAAUAUGCCUCGACAGUAUUUUUAUGUAUUUUCUUUUUAACAAUGAUCUAGUUACUACUAGUAUAUUACCGAAUAACUGUAAAUAGGCAAUAUAGAAAUGUUGUUAUGAUUGUGAUAUUUUAAUAAAGG